CAUAGUUGCAAUGGUGACAGUUACAGCAAGAAGUGAAGUGUUGGUACCUAUGGGACAAGAGUGAAAGCCGUUUUGACGCCUGCUUAGAGCUGCAGAGCUGGUCUCGAGCUGCACACCGCAGGAAUACAGAAUAGUCCCACAUUUGAAAUUAAAGACAAACUGUGUAAUCCAUGGCUGAAUCUUCUAGUGAUUCAGAUUCCUUCCAUCGAACUCACGCAAGCAGACGUGGCCCUCUGAGGGCCGAUCACACCAGGGCACGAGGCGCAGGAGAAGUGCGAGAAAAGAUUCAUUCGCUGGCAAAUACACUUCAGGACACCAGCCGUAACCUAAAGCAAGUAGAUGAUAUGCUUGGGCAGUAUAGAGAGUAUAAUAAUGAGCAGACUGAUGCCAUUUCAACGCUGAAAGAAACUCUGGAGCAGUCAAUAGACCAGCUAAGAAGUCAGCGAUUAUCCCGUCUUUCUGGAAUGAGGAGCGCAUCUCUCUCCAGUCUUUGUGCCAGCGAUCUGGAAGCAGGAGCAGCAGCACCAGUAGGUCGAAACCUGCAGCCAACAUCUCCUCUCAGGGACUAUAUGGAUUUGAGUGCCAACAGACGCCGCCGCUCUCGGUCAGCCAGCGUGCGCUUUGUGGAUGAAGCAGGCCCUUCUGAUCAGCUGCACACAAUGCAUCAGUCCCUGAGGGAUCUGAGCUCUGACCAGCUGCGGCUAAACGACGAUUUACAAAGAGAAUACUCCAGAAGAAACAGGACUGAUGUGGAGACCAAAAAGGCCCUGGAGGAAUUAAAUGCCCGGCUCAGUGAGACCAAACGUCAGGAAUCGGUUUCCGAUCGAGUGGAGAGACGGCUUCAGGAGUUAGAAAAGGAAAUGCGCAAUGAAAGACAGCAGGUAGAACGGAGGCAAGAUCAUCUGAGCCAGGUGUCUGUCCAGCUGCAGGAAGCCUUGAAGAAUCGGGAAGCAAAGGUGGAAGUGGUUGAAGCCUCACUAAAGGACCAGCUUGGAAAGUCUGAGAUUGAAAAGAGCCAGCUGGGGGCUGAGCUGGAGCGAUGUAGGAGGAAACUGGACCAGACUGAAGGAAGCCGUGAAACCCUUUUAUGCCAGAUAGAGGAUCUGCGUUCUCAGCUGUUGAAAGCAGAGGAAGAGCGAAGUCACUUACACCACCAGGUCACCCAGAUGUCUCGGCACAGUUUUCAUGAUAGCCGAGAGGAAGAGAAGAAACUCACUUCAGUAGUGGAACGGUCAGAGAGAGAGAAGUUGGAACUGGAGCGCCAGAUCUCAGAGCUGCGUUCUCAGCUGAGCCGAAGUGCCAUCUUAUCUGAAGUGGAAGAUCUGAAACGCUGCUUGGAUCAAAAGGACAGGGAGAAAGGCCAGCUCACCGCUCACAUUGAGGCUCUGACUUCUGACAUGGAGAAGCGAGAGAGACUGCAGCUGCGAAUGCUGGAGCAACUAAAGGAUAUUCAAAGUCGCUAUGAGACAUGUGAAAGGGAGCGCAGGCUGGUGGAAGAGCAAGCUUCUGAGAUGGGCCAGCAACUAGAGGAGGCAGGAAGGGAGUCUGAGCAAUACGUGGUUGAAUUAAGGCAGGCAGAGGUGAUGAGGCUUGAAGUUGAGAAAAAAAAAGAAGAGCUAAAGACGAGAGCACAAGAAGCAGUCAAGCGCUUGAGGCUAAGAUGUAAAAAGCUGGAACGGGAUCUGGAGAAGAAGGAGGAGAACAUCAGCGAGAUUACAGAUCAAAAUGUCCAGGUCACAAAGGAAAAGGAGGAGACAAAGUCACAACUACAGUCUAUGCUGCAGCAGGCUGAGAACCUGCGAAGGGAGCUCUCUGAAAUUCUUGCCAAGCGGGCUUUGCAGGAAGAGGAGCUUCAUCUGCGUGAGGUGCGUCUAAGUGAGGCUCAUGAACAGCGAAUGGAACUGGAACGGGAGCUACGGGAAUCUCAAGAGACCAUUGUUCGCCUAGAAGGGGAACUGCAGAGAUAUCGAGAACUUCAACACCAGCUACAGGAGGACCAAGAGCGACUACAAGAGGAGUUGGGGUCACUUGGCCGGGCUUAUGAAAAGAGUAAAGAGAAAAUGUUGGAGUUGCAAGAAGCAGUUAAAGAUCUCAGUGCGGAGCGAGCAGAGCUAAAUAGCAGGUUAGCACAGGAAGAAAAAUCUGGAAAAGAACUAAGGAGAAGUCUAUGUGAGGCCGAAAAGCAGGCAGAGUUUGCCCGUGAAGAACUGACCUCGGCAGGAAGACAGCUAAAGAAUGAAAGGGAUGUACAUCAACGAGAGCUCUCUGACCUGAGAUCCACAAUACAAAGUGCAAAGAGCAAGCACGAGCGUAGUAUCCAGGAGAUGCUGACACACUUUCGUCAGGAGAGAGAGGAGCUGGAGAACCACAUCCUCCGGUUAAAGGCCGAGUUGAUGGACCACAAAUCCCUUGUGAAAUCAGAACGUCAGCGUGUGGAAAAGAUAAAGGUAGAAUGUGAUAAACUGUCAGAUGAUGUGUCCCGCAGUAAAGAAGAGAAUGCCACUCUCAGGUGUAAAUACCAUCUUGCCGUGGAGGAGAAGGAACAACAGGCAAACACAUCAGAGCAGAGAAUGAGCAAGUUGGAAGAUACAAAUCAGGAGCUGAAGGAACAGCUGAGUUCUCUAGAGACAGAGCGAGAGACCAUUCUAUGCGCCAUUGAGUUGGAGAUCAACACAGCGUGCCAGCUCCUGUCCAGUGACUCCACUGAAAAAUUCAAAGCUUUGUCAACAUCCUCACACCUAAAGAGUGACCCUCACUACUGGCUGGCAGAGACCAAGACUAAACUGCAAUGGUUACGGGAAGAGGUGAAAGAGCGGGAUGGGAGAGAGCGGAAGGUCCGACGCCAGCUCCAGCAAAGCAGAGAGCAGCUGAAGGAGCAGAAACUAAGCAAGGAUUCUGAGCGGGAGUCCCUCUACCAACAGAUAGUAAAUCUUGAGCAGCAGCUUGAGGAGGCUCAGAGGGAGAAGAAGAGUUUGCUAGAGAGGACCUGUAAACGGGACGAAGAGAUGUGGCUACUUCAGGACCGAAUCAUGGAACUAGAAAGGAGUACAAGGAUGGCUUUAGAACACCUGGAGUCUGUUCCUGAGAAGCUCAGUCUAUUGGAUGACAUGAAAGAUCUCACUGAUUCCAAUCAGCAGAGAAAACAGAUAGAAGAGCGAUAUGCUCAGUAUCGGGAGAUUGUGGGAUCCCUACAGCAGCAGCUAGAAGAUUCCAAGCGCAGGAUCCAGGAAUAUCGGGAAGAAAAAACAAAAGCAGACGCCCACAGUGUUCGUUUAACAGCUCUUUCUACAUCACUAAGAGGGAACAGCUUUUUGUCCAGCUCUCUGCGCUCUGAUUGCAGCUGUCCUGCAGCACCUCUGAAGAAGGGACGUUCUCUGCAGUUUGAUGGCCUUGAAGAAAGCACAUUUAGUGUCUCACUGAAUGGAUCCGUAUCCUGAAAAUAAUCCUGUAAAGCCGACUCACAAUACUCUGGAAUUCAGAGAUACAUUCUUCACUGCGGCCUUUGGGAGUUAAGACCUCCAGUUCUUUCAAAGAACAUUAGAGUUGGCAGGUUCUGGAGCCCUGAAGUCAUGAACUGCAAUAAUUGUUUGCUUUGUACUAAAAAUACCUGUGCACAUUAUUAAUGCUAUUAAUUAUUUUAUAUAUGUAUAAAAAACUCUCAAAUUAAUUUUAAAGAAAACAUGUUUUUAUAUUAUGUUUAAAACUUCAAAUAUUCUAUAAAAUAUUAUUUAACAAAA